CCCUCUCGGCGGCCCCACACCUCACCGCCCGACUUUUCUGCCGCCCUCGACAUCGUGAAGCUGGAGCUUGCACCUGGUCUGGGAAGAGACCGCGCUGAUCCGCGCCUCCAGCCAACCGCCUGACUGCACCCAUACCUGUCGCAAAAAGAUGAGCGAGCGAGGCGACGUCACGGCGCAAACUGCCGAAAGAGCAGACACGGGUACGCCGCCUGUUGAUGAUGGUGCCGCGGAUGCGCAGGCUGGCCAAAACAGCAAAAAGCGCAAGAACGGCAAGGAGCCCGAGGCCAACAAGAAGCCCAAAGUGAUUGAGAACAAGGCUGUUUGGAUCUCCAAUCUGCCCCCAGACACGACUGCCAAAGAGAUUGAAGAUGAGUUCUCGCGCUUCGGCAUCAUUGACAAGGGCGCCGAUGGCCAGCCACGCAUCAAAAUGUACAUGGACGACGAGACAGGCAAGUUCACGGGCAAUGCCAUGGUGGUAUAUUUCCGCAAAGAAGCCAUCACCAAUGCCGUCAACAUGAUGGAUGACUACGUUCUCCGCCCCGGUGACUACUCCAACGGCACCAUCCGCGUCGAGCCCGCCAAGAUUGAGCACAAGAAGGAGAGAGACGGCGACAAGAUUGCGUCGAAGCUCACACGCAAGGACAGAAAGGCAUCGGAGCGCAACAGGGCAGAACUGAACCGCAAACUCAACGAAUGGUCCGACAACGAAGAAGAAGUCGCCGAAGCAUUUGCACCCAAGAAGAACAAGUGGGCCAAAGUCGUCAUCAUCAAGCACGCCUUCACCCCCGCCGAGCUAGACGAAGAGCCAGAAGCCUACCUCGAGAUCAAGGAGGAAAUGCGCGAGGCGGCAGAGGAGUACGGCGAAGUUACAAAUUGCACCCUCUACGACAAGGAGCCCGAGGGCAUUGUUACUGUUCGGUUCCGCGAGUUUGAGCCAGCGGAAAAGUUCAUGGCGGAUUACCAGGGCAGAGGGUACCAGAAGAGGAAGCUGGCUCUGUCGCUUGCGGAAGACAAGCCGCGCUUCAAGAAGUCUACUCGGGGCGACGAGCCGGACAGCGACGAGGGCGAGGCGGACCGUGUGGCGUCAACGGCUGGCGGGUAAGACGGCUGGUUUCAUUUGCUUUCUUUGUUUUGUUUCAUUUGAUUUUUUUUCUCUUGCAACCGCGUUUGGUUGAGAAUGGCAUGUUGAAGCUCAAGCCACGCUAAGCGACCACAUGGGAUUUAGUUUGCUGGAGCCGAUACCCUUAAUUAAUAUACCAGCUACACGAUAC